UAAGAACCAGUAGAAGGAAGAGAGAGUGCCAGAGCGAAACAACCAGGAGCUUCUGGACGUGCCGAGGCCCGAGAGACAGUUGAAGCGGGAAAAUGUCGAUUCCUCACUCCAACACACUGUUCUGAUUCCAACGUCCGAUUCCAUGGAAUUCAGCUGUAAAUGGAAUCUCCAAGAAGAAGAAGCUGGUGCUGCUUCCUCUUCGGCUUGCUGCAUCCUCGGAACUUAACUCUCUCCGGUCAGCUGCUUCUCUCGCGUUAUCCCCCCCUAGCAUUUCUUCCGCCCGAAUUUCCAUGUAUUUUUCUAACCGCUUCCCACUAUCACUUGGGAGCAAACAGGAAAUGGGUAGGUUCAGUCUGGGAUUUGAAUUCAGGUUACUUCCAGAUAAAAAUGUAUCAAUGGCAUUUGCAAGUCAGAGUUAUCACCUCUGUGUUGGAAGUCACGUCAUUCCACAUCCCAACAAGGUAGACAGUGUUAGUAAAUUCUUUGUUCCGGACUGUUAGAUAUUGGAUGAUCUCUUCUUGUGCCCUGAUACUAGCACUUUUCAUUGGUUGAAAAAGGUGGGGAAGAUGCAUUUUUCAUAAGUAGCUACGGUGGUGGAGUCCUUGCCAUUGCUGAUGGUGUCUCAGGGUAACCUUAAAACUGACUAGUUGCACCAUUCCGUUCUGUUUCGUUUCGUUCUGCUAGUGCUGGAAGUUGAUAUGCUUUGUUAGUAUCAUUAACCUGCCAACCAAUUGUUAUUGCUUUUUCAGUUGGGCUGACGAGGAUGUAGGUCCUUCGCUUUUUUCUAGAGAACUGAUUGCAAAUGCUUCUAGUUUCGUGCCAGAUGAGGAGGUAGCAUUAGCAUAUUAGCAUUUGCAGUAAUGUGUAAGAAAGUAACUAGAUGGAUUUAGUGGCUGAAUGCUUGUUGUCUUUUGGUUGUAAGAUCAUUUAGGAUUGUGGCUAUGCUGGAGAGAAAUGGAAUGCUUAAGAUCACAAAUGUUGGAGAUUGUGGACUAAAGCUUAUCCAUGAAAGUAUUAAUCUUGAUUCUGAGGACAAAUAAUAUUCUCCACUUCUCCCCACAAGAACACUAUUUUGAUUGUCCAUAUCAAUUGAGCUCAGAAACUGUCAGUCAGACAUAUCUCGAUGCUAUGGUUAGCAGCCUGGAAGUGAUUGAGGGGGAUAUCAUUGUGAUGGUUCUGAUGGCCUUGUCAACAAUGUUUGUGAUCAUGGGAUUGUUUCCACAAUAUGCCAACAUAGAAAUGUUAGUGAUGCUGGUAAGUUAUUUGUUCUUGAGUUCAUUCACUGGAUUCGAGUUACGAGUCGCCCUACGCAUUGGAAGUUGGAACACAGGUCCAAGGCUAUUGAGCUACCAUGGUGGAAAAAGAUCCUUGGCAUGCAACAAGCAUGGCAGACCCCUUUUCUGUUCAUGCUUCGACAUUUCACUCUCUUUUAGCUGAUUGCAAGUUCAUAGUAGAUGGGGGAUCAUGGAGUCGGAGAAACAGACCUCCAGGAUGAACCUCAAUCUGAAUGUUGCAGUACAGAAUGCGAACUUGUGCACUUCAUCACAG